AUGUUUCAUACCAUCUUGCUGGUACAGCCUACCAAGAGGCCAGAAGGCAGAACUUACGCUGACUAUGAAUCUGUGAAUGAGUGUAUGGAAGGCGUUUGUAAAAUGUAUGAAGUACAUCUGAACAGAAUGAAUCCCAACAGCCCCUCUAUCACAUACGAUAUCAGUCAGUUUGACUUUAUUGAUGACCUGGCAGGCCUCAGCUGCCCUAUUUACCAAGCUGAUACCCAGACAUACCAGCCUUAUAACAAAGAUUGGAUUAAAGAGAUCUACGUGCUCCUUCGUCAACAGGCCCAACAGGCUGGGAAAUAG